UUUUUUUUUUUUUUUCUUCUUCUUAUUAUUAUUAUUAUUAUUUUGCAGGAACUCUUCUUUUCAUCAUGGUGCACUUCACUGAGUAUUCUGACUCGACCAAAAGGUGUUUAAUUAUCCUGAAGGACGUAGAUCAAUCUUUAGAGGAAGGGAUCAUUCUUCCUGUGAGAGAGGGGACAUAUGAGAAUAUUAUGGACUCUCAAAUACCCGAGGACAAUUUUAUCUUUUUGCCUAAAUGGUCCAAGGAACGGUUUGUAAAUCCAAAUUCAUCUUUAAAAUCUUGGUUUCUGGAGUCUUCGAUUCACAACAAGCCUCCAAAUGAGGAUCCAGAAUCAACGUUGGGUCGUCGAAUUAUAAACGACCCAAAAAUUCGUUGGGGAAAUGUGCUCAAGGUACAUGGAGAAUUUUACUAUCUUCCUCAUUAUUGGGAGUGGUUAGAGCUCGUUGUUGCUAGAAAUACGGCAGUACUCAAGCGAGCCUCCCUAUUUAAUGCUGUGAUGGCUUCCCUAUAUACAUAUGAUCGCAACAGUGACAUUGAUCGGGCUUUCUGCGAGGCAUGGUGUCCUUCAACAAACACUCUUCACACCUCAGCUGGUGAGAUGUCCAUCUCCUUAUGGGACUUAUGGAUACUAGGAGGACUCUCGAUUAAAGGUAGAUUUUAUGAAGAAAGCAUUCCUUGCCACCAAGACUUAAUAGGAUCACCUGAUGUAUGUCCAAGAAGUUGUGAGCAUUUAUUUGCAGCCUAUUACCGCAUUGUUUCUCAACGCAUGGAUCACUCUCAAAUCACUGUAAGUGAAUGGAUCUCUUUUUGGGUUACACGAUCUGAGGUAAAGUAUUCGAAACCGCCUCCUCGAAAGCCUAAAAAGACUUCUCGCCCUCGCUCAACUCAUAAUCCAGAUGGAAUUCCCAUCAGACGUCCUGACUGGUCUAAAGCUGAACUCAAAGUGUUCCUUGACUUAAGCGUCACUGAUGAUCAUAGGGACAAAACCUAUCUAGCGGCAUUUCUCUCUUGUUGGCUAUGUGUGUUUGUGUUCCCUGAUAAGCAACUUUCCCUUCGUCCGGAGGUUUUUAAGGUUGCUAGCCUCAUGGCGGAAGGCUACACAUUUAGCCUUGCCGUCCCUGUUUUAGCUAAUAUUUAUAGUGGCCUACGCCAAGUUCAUGAUUCUACUUCAUCACUUGGUUAUUCAAAUGCCUGUUUUCCUCUUCACUAUGUCCAUGGGUGGCUUGCUCUUUACUUCAACACUCAUUAUAAAGCCCCUAGGAGUCUUAGGGGUCCUCGCAUGGUUGAAUUUUCUGGUGAAGGUGGGGCCAAAUAUUAUACUAAUCUUGAGGCUCGAACACAUAUCCACAAGGGAAAGUAUGUGUCAUGGCAUGCGUGUCUUCCAACAAAGAAUAAGGACGAACUCUUAACGGAUGAUGGAGAGUUAAUUAGUUGGAAUGCUUCAUUUUUCAUAAGCAUUCGCUCUUGUUUUCUAUCUUCGCAAUGUGGAUCCUCCACAGUUAUUGAGCCUUAUAGUCCUUGUCGCUUUAGCCGACAAUUUGGAUUUUAUCAAGACGUGCCAUAUGACUUAGGUGAAGAAAUUCCCGAAGCCAAUUUUUUUAACGUACGAUAUUGUUGGAUGAUUUGUAUUCGCGAGAAUACACUUUCCCAAGUAUAUCUUCCUGUGUCUGCCCCUAAUCCAGACACACAUGUUACCUCUCAUUAUAAGGUCUGGUGGCUUGCAAAACACGGUGAUUACCUCCAAGAAGGAGUACAACAUUUGAUAGAUCGUCCUACUCCCCCUCACAUCAAAUCCAAAACCACAAAAAAGAUUGAACAUAAUUUUGGUAGUGGAAAUCAGAAGAUAUGCUCCGAUGAAACUGAUGAACGACUUGUGGAGAAAAUUGAGGGAGGGACAAAACGCUUGGUGGAUAAUUUGUCUCUUUCUACACGAUUUAAACAUCUUAUUAAAGGUGGUAUUGACAAUGUGGGUAAGGACAACCGCUUAUCGAUAGCUACCAAGCAUCCUUCUAAACGUAUUGAGGACAGUCAAAGCAGCAAUGAUGAUCGCCAUUGGAAGAGACCCAAGAAGCCCAACAAACAGUCGAUCGAUGAUGAAGAGUCUCCUAUUCGGGUCCCUGAUGCUGCACAAUUCUUCGAUGUCCCUUCCCCCAUGGUUUCUUUUCGUCUCCCUUUUUAUUUAUUUAUUUAUUGUAUUUUCUCUCCUUUACUCCUCUUAUUUCUUGUUGUUAAUAUUAUUUUGCAGUCUUCUUUAGGUGAUCACGACCUACACAUCGAAGAUACCCUAGAGUCGAUGCCGAAUCUAGAAGACUGUAACGUUGUACUUUCUUAUAAUGGGAACUCUAAGGAACCUAUAGGCGCAAAUAUUGUGUCUGCUUGUCCUCCUGUGAUCAAGGGACCUCCUCAAAAAGUGGAAGGCACGGAGCCUAUUACAGUUUCUGAGAUUUCUCAUUUUUGUGCUGACAGCUUAAUUUCUGACCUCCGACGACAGGCUGCCAUAACCUUAUGGGAAAACCUACGACAGAAGAUCAUUCGUACCCCUUUUGAACGACUGAGUAGUCUUGAACCAGAAAUGCAUAAGAUCUUUGAUGCGAUUGCGACUAGCGGCAGCGACAACCUUAUUGUUUUGAGGGAGCUUGUGAAUGGUUACUUCCAAGGUGUCGAGAACCAUAAUCAAAUACAUUCCUCAUUUCUACUCCAAUCAACUAAGGAUGUUCAGCUAACGGAGGCAAAAGGUUUUGUGAAGACUCUGCGAGUUGAUGAGAAUCGUAUAUUGGCAGAGACCAACACUGCUAAACGUCGUCUUACACGACUGUCCGCCAAGGAGGCUAAACUAGAGGCAAAACUAAAGAUGGUGCGGGCUGAGUCUGCUAAACUUUCUGGAAUAAUUUUUAAGAACGACCUGGAGCUGAAGCAGAAGCAACAUGAGAUUUCGAAGACUUGUGAGGAAAUUGACAAACUCGAAUGUGCCCCGAUCGUUGGAGAUAUUGAUGCUAAAAUGCUAUCAACACUUCGUGAAUCUUUAGAAAGCACACUAGAGGAGCUGAAGAACUUUAAAUGGACUCCAUGAUUCUCUGCUUUCUCUUAUUUAUCUACUUAUGCCUUUUUAAUUUUUUUUUUUGCUAGAAGUUUAUAAUAAUAAAAAAAAAUUUAUUCUUU